AUGCCUUCUUACCUCGUCACCGGAGCCAGCAGAGGCAUUGGCCUUGGAAUAGUGACGAAGCUUCUCAAGAACCGGAGAACUUCGUGGUCGCCGCCGUGCGCAAUCCGGAGGCUGACAGCAUCAAGAAGCUGGGACGAGUACCCCAAGACGCAUUUGCCGUCGUCAAGCUCGAUAUUACGACUACGCCAGCAUCGCGAAGGCCGCCGACGAGCAGCCAAAGUCCUGCCCGAUGGACUAGACCACCUGAUCAACAAUGCCGGCGUGAGCUUUCAGGAAGGCGCAAGCUUCGAGACCAUUGAUCUGAGGGUCUUCGAAGAGGAGCUGCGCGUGAACACCGUCGCGCCGAUUGAGGUCGUUCGCCAAUUCCUCCCGCUGGUGCGCAAGAGCGCGGUGAAGAAGGUCGUCCUUGUCAGCACCAUCAUCAGCUCGCUCGAGCUGGCACCGAACCUAUCCACUCUGGCGAUUACCUACGGGAUUACGAAGGCCGGGCUGAACAUCCUCGCGCGCAAGUGGGCCGCGGUCCUGUAUCAGGAGGGGAUCACGACGGUCACUCUUCACCCUGGAUGGGUGGAGACCGACUUGGGCGUGACUAUCAAAGACUGGUGGGCGAAACGCAACCCCGACUUGAAGCCCAUCUCGGUACAGCAGUCUGCAGAGGACGUCCUGAGGGUCAUCAAGGAGGCCAAGCUGGAGGAGAAGAUCAAGCUGUACAGCCACACCGGGGACGUGCUCCCUUGGUGA